CUUAUUCUUCACAAAAGAUAGGACUCAAUCUCAAAGCUCUCACACACAUGACCCAAGAACCCUAGAGAAGAGGAAUGAGAGAAUUCAUCCUUGAUUUUGAAUACAUCGCCGAAGGAUUUUGUUGAAAGACAAAACCUUUUGUCUUCUCUCAAAAUGGGUUUAAUCAAGAACACAGUUCACUACUGUUGUGUCUCAAGAGACAAUCAGAUUCUCUACUCUUAUAACGGUGGAGACCAUAGUAACGAGACUCUUGCUGCUUUGUGUUUAGAAAAGUCUCCGCCUUUUCACAAUUGGUACUUCGAAACUAUAGGGAAGAGGAGGUUUGGGUUCUUAAUAGGAGAUGGGUUUGUGUAUUUCGCCAUUGUUGAUGAGGUUUUGAGGAGAUCUAGUGUUCUUAGGUUUCUUGAACAUUUGAGAGAUGAGUUCAAGAAAGCUGCUAGGAAGAAUUGUAAAGGGAGCUUUACUGCUAUGAUUGGUUCUAUUAAUGUUGAUGAUCAGCUUGUUCCUGUUGUUUCUAAGCUCAUUGCUUCACUUGAGCGUGUUGCUGAGAGUAGUAAAGAUGAAUUGAAGAGUAGUAAUCUUGGUGAACAGAGCGAAGGUUCGAAUUCCACUAAAGCUCCUCUUUUGGGGAAGUCAAGUAAACAAGAUAAGAAGAAAGGGAAAGAUCAUGUGAUUUCACUUAGAGGUAUUGAGCUUGAAGAACAUAGGAACUCUAGUGAUAGAGGAAACAGAACUGAUGCUUCAGGAGCAGGAACUUCGUUGCAGAAGGAGUGUGUAUCGAGCAGAGGACGUUCUGUUUCUCAAAGCUUUGAAUGGAAAUGGCGUCGUUUAGUUCAGAUUGUUCUUGCUAUCGAUGCAGCUAUUUGCUUGACACUCUUUGGUAUUUGGUUGGCUAUAUGUGGUGGCAUUGAGUGUACACGUUCUUGAUCUAUAUAGUUAUGUUUCUUGAUUUGUGCAGACGAGAACUCGGAUAUACAUGAAUCGAUUCUUUACAUUGUAUGUGAAAGCUCUUAAGUUAUAAAUUGGGUUAUGUGUGUAGCUUUAGUCACUGCUUUGUUCUAUAUAUAUGCAGUUGGAUCUUUUCUCUC